UUAGUUUAUGAUCCAAUUACUAUCUCUUCUUCACCAGCCCAUUGCUUUUCUCCUCCAUUUCUUUAAAUACUUGCUUCAAUUUUCCAUCUUUAUUUGUAUUUCUCAUUUCCUUCCCCAUUAUUUCUCUGUCAGACAGACCUUCUCUCUUGCUUGGCUGGAAGUUGUGGAAAAUGGAUUUUUCCAUGAUUUUCACUGUUUGUAGUGCAUUGUUGCUUCUGAGUUCUUCAUCUGCCAAUGCCCAAACAGCCAGCCCCCCCUCACUUAGCCCAACCCCGGCACCGGCACCAGCCCCAGAUUUUGUCAACCUUACAGAUCUGCUCACUGUUGCUGGUCCAUUUCACACCUUCCUCGGCUACCUCCAGUCCACCAAAGUUAUUGACACCUUCCAAAACCAAGCUAAUAACACAGAGGAAGGAGUGACUAUAUUUGUCCCAAAAGACAGCGCUUUCUCGGCGCAAAAGAAACCGUCUCUCUCGAAUCUCACUGAAGAUCAACUCAAAUCUCUUAUCCUAUUUCAUGGCCUGCCACAUUACUAUUCCCUUGCUGAAUUCAGGAACCUCAGCCUUCAGAAUCCGAUCCCGACAUUCGCUGGCGGGCAGUACAGUUUGAACUUCACAGAUGUUUCAGGGACUAUCCAUAUUGGCUCUGGCUGGACCAACACAAAAGUUAGUAGCAGUGUGCAUUCAAGUGAUCCCGUUGCAGUUUACCAAGUUGACAAACUUCUGCUGCCCGAGGCAAUCUUCGGAACCGACAUCCCACCAACCCCAGCCCCAGCACCGACACCUGAUAUCGCUCCUGUUGCAGAUGCUCCUUCGGCUGUUAGUGAUGGAAAGGUUGCUCCAUCUUCAGAACCAAAACCGUCAUCUUCCGAUAGGAUCAUCAACUGGGGAAUUUUUAUUCAAAUUGUUUUGGCAAUUUCAGGUGGAUUUUUGUUUUGAUUGUGAUCAGAAAUCCUACCACCCAUUUAUUACAUUUAAGAAAACUAUAUUGGCAUUUUGUUCUGUUAUUGAUGUGAAACUCCAUUUUUUUGUGAACAUAUAUGUUGUUGGAUUUGUGCAUGAGAAUUUCUACUGUGUGGUCUAUAAAUUAUGAUGGGGAAGGAAAUUUGUUUUACAA